GGGGGGGGGGGGGGGCUCUUCUCUCGCAAGGUAGUAAGGUCGUCAAACAUCCGUACACCGCAUCAUGAGGAGCGUCUUGGAAAUCACCGCCGCCCUGCUGCUGGUUGUCGUCGCGGGCGUCCGAUCGGCGCCCGUUGCCGCGGCCCCGAAGCCGUUUGUCUUGGCGAUUCUCCCGGACACGCAGCACUACAGCGAGUCCUACCCGGAGAUCUUCACCAGCCAGACCCAAUGGAUCGUUGACAACCUAGCCAAGCAGAACAUCUUGUUUGUUAUUCACGAAGGCGACGUCACCAACCGGAACACCGACUCGCAAUGGAAGCGUGGCUUGAAGUCCAUGUCAGUCCUUGACGGCAAGGUCCCGUACUCGGUGCUUCCAGGCAAUCACGACAUCGGUUUCCUCGGGCUCACCGGCAGCCGCGACACCAGCGGGCUCAACAAGCACUUCCCCGUGUCCAAACUGUCCAAGCAGCCCGGGUUCGGCGGGGUGUUUGAAGCCAACCGCAUCGACAACAACUACUUUACCUUCUCCGCCGAGGGCACGGACUACCUCCUUCUCUUCCUCGAAUUCGGGCCCCGCGAUGCCGUACUGCAGUGGGCGAGCCGCAUCAUUGCCGCCAACCCGACGCGUAGGGUGAUCGUCACGUCGCACGCCCACACCUACUUUGACAACACCCUGCAGGGCAGCAAGUCGUCGCACGUCUCCAACCCGGAGAGCUACGGUAUCGGCAGUGGCGCCAACAACGGUCAGAAAGUGUGGGACAAGCUGAUCCGAAAGCAUCCCAACAUCCUGAUGGUUCUCAACGGCCACAUGCACAAUGGCGUGGACGGCGGUUACGGUCGCCUCACGGGCACCGGCGACGCCGGAAACAAGGUGUUCCAGAUGCUGGCCGACUACCAGGACGGUGUCAAGGGUGGAAACGGUUUCCUCCGGCUGCUGACGUUCGACGCCGCCGCGCGGAAGAUCUCGGUAACCACUUACUCGCCUUACGUUAACCAAUUCAAGACGGAUGCUGGAAACCAGUUCGAGUACAAUGAUGUGGAGCUCGGCCCGUUGACCAGACAGCGAGCGCCCAGGGUUGCCACCCGGGCCGCUGCUGCAUGAAUAUUGGGUUUGAUCAUUCCCGCUCCUACGUAGAUGUAAGCAUCUACUCCCUGUUUACCGUUCUUGAAUAUUGUUCCCAUUGGAUGGCGCACGAUGUACCCGUAAAUGUAUACCUCUUUCCGAAUGCAAAUGCUCAAAAUCA